AUGGCCGACUCAGUCACUGCCUCCCAGCAGUCUGCGCCUGGCUCUCAGCUUCCGCCUCCUAGUGCACAACCAGCGACACAGUCAACAGAAGCUCCCACUUCAUCGGCAGAGACGGUGACGGCAUCGAAUAAUCAAUCAGGUGGCGACGACGCCAGGAACACAGCCGACCGUGAUAUUGACCUUGGAGGCGCCGAUCCAAUAGAUGAUGGUAUCGACAACGACAUUAACAUGAACAACGCCGAAGACAUGUCUGCAGCCAACGGAACAAAUGAUGCGGGUGUGCCUGCAAAUCCCGUUGCGACGCUUGCAAGUGCUGCAGCGCCGCCUUCGAAAAAGGAGAGCAGUUUACGGGAGUUUUUGGGCAAGAUGGAUGAUUAUGCACCUAUUAUCCCAGACGCCGUAACCGCUCACUACCUCACAGUCGCCGGUCUUCCACCCCCAGGCAAUGGCCCGAAUCAAACCCCACCACAUCUCGCACGCCUUUUGGCACUUGCAACUCAAAAAUUUGUUGCAGACAUCGCAGCCGACGCAUACCAAUACUCGCGCAUCCGCGCCUCCAACAGUUCAAGUGCAAAUAAUCCAAUGGGCGGCCUGAAUGCUGCUGCAGGUCUGAGUGCGCCCACUGGAGCAGGUGGCGGUGCAGGUGCAGGUGGUGCUGGAGGUGUAGGUGGAGACGCAGGGAAGAAGGGUGGUGUUGCCAAUACACAUUUGGGCAUUCAGAGACCUGGUUUUGGUGGUGGUGGACAGGGCGGUUCGGGGCAGGGACGAACUGUGCUUACAAUGGAGGAUUUGGGGAUGGCUGUUUCUGAGUAUGGGGUCAGUGUUAAGAGGGGGGAGUUUUAUCGAUAG